AAAAAUAUGUCAAAAACAAUUAAAUUCCUAGAGCCUAACCUCAUCUUGCUUUAAUAUCUUUUAAGAAAAUCAUUAAAAUAUUACAAUAGUUUGUCAGUUAAAAUUUUAUUCAUUAUAAUUUCUACAAUUCGAGCAAUAUGUGUGCUGCCCCUACCCCUCAGAUGACUGAAGCUGAUCAAAUAAAAACGUUCAAAGAUUUUCUUGUCCAAUACAAUAAACUAUCAGAACUAUGUUUUAAUGACUGCAUACAUGAUUUUACUUCGAGGAAUCUCCGACCUUCAGAGGAUAAAUGUACAGUGAACUGUAUGGAAAAGUAUUUGAGAACCAAUCAGAGAGUCUCACAAAGGUUCCAUGAAUUCCAAAUGGUAGCUAAUGAAAACAUGUUAGCAUUGGCUCAGAAGUCAGGUAAUCCAAGCUAGUUGAUUAUUUGUUACUUUUAAAUUAUUUUAGUGAUUUGAGUUUAAAUGUUAAAAGAAUAAAUACUGUUGAAUGUAUAAUAA